ACUUGUCAAUGGAGAGUGGCCAGACUCUCUUUACAAAUGAAAUGGACCAGAGUCUGCUAGGACCAGGCUAACAGGCCACUGCUAUUGUAGCUGAAAUCUUGAAUUACUACAGCUAACGCCAAAGUGCUGUGGCUGGAAUGUAAUUAUGUAAAUUUUUAUCAAGCACUAAAUUAGUUUGGAGUAUUGUCAUUGUUUUCAACUUAAUACUUCUACUUAGCUAGAUUUCAGAGGGAAAUGCUACACUUCUUGUGCCACAUUUGACAGCUUGUUACGUUGUCGAUUAGUGUGGCCUGUUAGGCAUAUAGAUGAAACAAAAUAGUUAAAAGCUCCACCUCAAGGCAACCACAAUAUUAAAAUGCUGCUUACAUGUUGCAACAAUAAUCCCAUGAAUAGAGUAAGUACUUUUAAAUACAUAUUGCUGGUGGUAUAAGUAAUUUUACCCAAGGUUCUGCACGCCUUAUGUCCACAAAUUGCACAUUUAUCAUUCUUAUUAGGACAUGGAGCUAUUUAGAGUCUAAGCCACUAUAACUGACACAAUUGUGUUGGGGUGAAGCCUUAAAUCCACUGCUUUGUUGCUCACAUUCCUGACUUGUAAAUUUGGUGAAGAACGGUCUUUCUUGGCUGUUGCUGUAACUGUAAAUUAUGAGAAUAAAUGUAGAUAUGGGGGCAUGUAACUGGUGUGAUUUCAGUAGGAUAUGUAGUAGUGGAAGUCCAUAUUUGUUUCUAUUUCAUAUUUAACUUUGCUGGAAGAAAUGCUAUGAAAUUAGUGUAUACUUUGGCAGGAUAUUGAAGAAAAAAAUAUAUCUCCCACGCCGAAUAAUGUAGCCUUUGUUGCGGUCAUUGUAAUGAGUAGCAUUGACAUUACCAGGAAAUUCUGACAUGUAUUUAAAGUCUAAACCGGAUUCUUCCCAUUGUUCACACCAAAACCACAAAACACAUGUUUGUUUACAUAUUCUUUUAUUAUCCUCUAAGAAUUUGAGCACUCUCUAAUUUAGCAGUGUCUGGGGUUAUUUAAUGAUUUAGUUAGAAUUGUUAGUGAGGCAGGGUUGGAGUUGAAUAAUGCUAACAACAUGAAUCAGAUGAUGAAUUAUUGGUUUAUUGUACCCACACAUAUCAACAGCCUUAUAAAAAGAUGUCCAAUGCAAGAAGAAAUGAGCAUAUCUGCUGUGUCCCUAUUGUGUGCAGGGAUAAGAGGAUACUCAACAUAUCGAGCGAAUAAAGGAGACACAGCAAUGGCAAUUCUGAGGACUACGCUUUGUGCCUUCCUCAUGGUGACCGUGGCGUUGACCAAACCAAUCUGCCUGAGUGGGGGUGAGGAUUCAUCCAAGUCGUCAGAAUCCAGUGAGACAAAUUCGUCAGAGGAGACUGCCGCCCACGUCGAGCCUUCACAGGAACCCGUGCAGCCGGCGCCUACAGAGCCAGACGUGCCUACUGCUACGGAGGGUGCUGCUGUCCUACUUCCCUCUGCAGAAGCAGGGCCUUCUCCAGCCACCCUAGACGCUUCGGCCCUGCCAUACCCUGAGGACCCGCAAACCUCCACCGAUGCCGACGCUUUGCAACUCGUUCCGGAUGACCCUUCCCAAACUGCUCUGGGUGUAGACAUUUCUCAGGACAUGCCGAAUUCGGAUCCUGCGCAGGACUCAAUUAACGCCGACACAGUGCCCGUCCUGCCAGAUCCAGAGGUCUCACUAGUUGUUAGUGGCACAAAUCAACCACCAUCCACUGCCACUGCAUACCAAAGUUUCCCCCAGGGUGCCACUCCAACCUCAUUCUCCACAGCUCCGCCCCUGACGAUCCCCGUCGAUACCGCCCUGACUAGUGCCCCCGUCUGUUUCACUUUCCAGUUUUCCACCCCCGAGCCGAAACCCCCUAGAGGAGACAGCAUUUGAUCCUACCAGACGCAGCUAUCCAUUCUCACUUUUAUAGUCCUACUCCAAGUUGCUGGUUCUGUCCAUGUUAUUGCUGUACAUAUAGGUCGUGCUGUGUUGCUACUUUUUCAUUCGUCGCUGCUUGGUAAAAACCUUAUCUCUAUAUUUUGUCAUUUUCAUUUCUUUUCAUGAAUUCCAUUUUCUUUAUAGUAUCAAAUCAUAAGAGUUAUCUCAAGACACUUUACAGAUAGAAUUUUAGGCAGAGACCUCGGCCGGACCCUGGCUCUUUGUUUUCUAAACUGUAAAUCAAUUGUUUUGGUCACCCUUUACGUCUGUGUGUCCAUUUUAACAAUUAUUUCAACACUGAAGAGGCAGUAUCAUAUGACAUUAUCAAGGUAAAUAGCUAAAUGUUUUUUAAUUAGCCUUUUUUUUUUUUUUUUUUUUUCUCCAUUUCCUGAAAAGCAACAGUUUUGGACGUACAAGGUUUUCGCCCAGCUGCGACAAAUGGCAUUAUCAAGUCGAAAAUAUCCCGACCACACUGGUAUUUUACUUUCAUUCAACAUGUCCUUCAUCGGUUCCAAUGUUGCUAUAAUGGUGCUAGUGUACAUGACUGCUUUACAAGUACAAUGGAAAUGUAACCCCUUAAAUGUAUUCAUAUGGAGCAGCUGAAAAUGUCAUGUGAUAAAAUGUUCUGAUCUCUUAAUUCAAUGAUUGGUUCAGAAGACAACACAAUUGUUAACGGUAGUUUAGUAAAAUGUUUAUUGGGA